GGGGCAACAAGGGAUUUCGGGAGCCGCCCCGUUUGGUCCGUUGACAUCCCUACUCAUAGCCUGAGUUUAUACGCAAAGUAAAGCAAAGCAGAUUAGCAACAAACACAAAUGAUGAUUUAACUCCUGAAGCUUUCCAUCUUAAUUCCUAAUCCAGACAAAAGAAGGGAUCCAUCGUCAUCGCCGUUGCUGUCUCCGUUGAUCCUUUCAUCUCAGGUGAGGUUAAAUGGACAGCAAGAAGGUCAUCGUUUGCGACAAUGGCACUGGGUAUGUCAAAUGUGGUUUUGCUGGUGAGAAUUUUCCGACAUCGGUAUUUCCUUGUGUGGUGGGUAGGCCGAUGUUGAGAUACGAAGAAACUCUCCUGGAACAAGAGUUGAAGGAUAUUGUUGUUGGUGAAACCUGUUUGAACUUGAGACAUCAACUAGAUAUAUCUUAUCCUGUCAACAAUGGCAUUGUGCAAAAGUGGGAUGAUAUGGGUCAUGUUUGGGAUCAUGCCUUCUAUAAUGAGCUCAAGGUGGAUCCAUCAGAAUGUAACAUUUUGCUCACAGAUCCGCCUCUCAAUCCUUCAAAAAACAGGGAAAAGAUGGUGGAGACUAUGUUUGAGAAGUACAAUUUUGCUGGUGUCUUCAUCCAAAUACAAGCUGUUUUAACAUUGUAUGCUCAAGGUUUACUUACUGGACUAGUCAUCGACUCUGGUGAUGGUGUCACUCAUGUGGUUCCUGUUGUAGAUGGCUACUCAUUUCCUCAUCUUACUAAACGAAUGAAUGUUGCUGGACGCCAUAUAACAACAUAUCUUGUUGAUUUACUGCUUAGGAGAGGUUAUGCAAUGAAUAAGAGUGCUGAUUUUGAAACUGUUAGAGAUAUCAAAGAGAAGCUCUGCUAUGUUAGUUAUGAUUACAAAAGGGAAUAUCAACUGGGACUUGAGACCACCAUUCUUGUUAAGAAUUAUACUCUGCCAGAUGGAAGGGUUAUCAAAGUUGGUACUGAACGCUUUCAGGCCCCAGAAGCUCUUUUUACUCCGGAGCUCAUAGAUGUUGAAGGUGAUGGAAUUGCUGACAUGGUAUUCCACUGUAUUCAGGAAAUGGAUAUUGACAACCGUAUGAUGCUUUACCAGCAUAUAGUUUUGAGUGGAGGGAGCACAAUGUAUCCAGGAUUACCUAGUCGACUAGAGAAAGAAAUCUUGGAUCGUUAUCUUGAAGUUGUAUUGAAGGGCAAUAAAGUCGGAUUGAAGAAAUUGCGGCUGCGUAUUGAAGAUCCACCACGCAGGAAGCAUAUGGUGUACCUUGGGGGUGCAGUACUUGCUGGAAUCAUGAAGGAUGCACCUGAAUUUUGGAUUAGCAGGCAAGAUUAUCUGGAGGAGGGAAUUCAUUGCCUAAGCAAGUGUGGGUAGAGCCAUGAUUUUAAGCAACAAUGCUAGUGUUUUAUAAAUUUGUAUGUUAGCUAAAAACGUGAUUGCAAUUGGGAU